UUUUCUUUUUUAUCCUGUCGGGAAGCCUGCAUUGAAGUGGAAGGCUGCCUGCGCUACGCCAUUAUUGAAAAGGGAAGCGUUCGUCGUGUACCGACGCUCUCUGAGCUUCGCGAUUUUCACCCAUUUUAAACUGUGAUAUUAGACUUCUUUUUAAUCUAAAGUGGGUCUGACAAGAUAACGAGAAUUAAGCAGAAUGGAGGACGAUCAACAGUUCUGCCUAAGGUGGAACAACCACCAAACGACAUUAAUACAAAACUUUGACACGUUACUAGAAUCCGGUACAUUAGUGGAUUGCACAUUAGCAGCGGAGGGGAAGUACCUAAAGGCCCACAAAGUGGUCCUCUCCGCAUGCAGUCCAUACUUUGAGGGCCUCCUCAGCGAACAUUACGAUAAGCACCCAGUGUUUAUACUCAAAGAUGUUAAGUUUAAGGAAUUAAAAGCCAUGAUGGACUACAUGUACAGGGGAGAAGUGAAUAUCUCCCAAGACCAAUUGGCAGCCCUCCUAAAGGCCGCAGAGUCUUUACAAAUAAAAGGCCUCUCGGAAAGUAGAACUGGUGGCAAUGGUUGUCCGAAACCAGACACCAGGCAAAGUAAAGUCAGCUCACAAUCGACAGCUCCGUCGUUAGACAUUCCACAUGCGUCUUCCGGUCUCACAAUAGAAAAGAACAGCAAAGUUCCUAGGCAGAGUUUGGCACAGAGCUCUGUUGGUGAUUUACCCGAAGACUCCGCCAGCCCCUCUAUACCCAAAGGUAUCUCCUCCAGGGAAGGUUCACAAAGUCCAGUCUCCCGAAAGAGAAAAAGACUUAGAAGAAGAAGCGUCGGCGAGGAUAAUUCUAUAGAAAAUCAUGAAUCUAACUCUAGUGAUAUGACUCAACAAGCCAUUCCGGCUUUGGGAGUUGCUCCUGUUGCUGAUGAGAAGUCCCAUGCCGAUCCUGCUGAUUCGCUUGGCAGGUCGGCGCUCAUGCAACAGUUGACGAAACCCGCCGACGAAAUGCUUCAGCUACCUGUCGAAAAACCUGAACCUACCGAAGACAUGAUACAACCAAAGUCCGAAUAUUUGGACGACCCGGAGGAGAGUGUGGAAGACUUAACGUUAGAUGACGAUAUGAAUGACCUUAACGAAAUGGAAGAUAGUAAUAGGGCUGGUCCAAGUUCACACGACCCUAACCAACAUCCUGGCUUAGCGGCGUGGCACGUAACGGGUGAUAGGAGUAAUGCGGGUGGAGUCGGCUCAGUGGCUGGUGGACCUGGAACGCAAGAUGAAGUCUUUCUUGCAGCCCAUGAAGCCGUCCAAGCGCAAAGGGACUCCCAAGGUUAUGGACAGUACAUGUUUCUUGGUGAAGGUGAACAAACAGAAAUUGUCUGGGAGAGUAUCAAUAUAUCCGAUGAAAAUAUGGAGGGCAUUGUUAAUAAUUGUAAUAAUGAAAUAAUCAAUAAACAACAUGAAAGAACGGAGAGGAAAAUAAAAAAAUUUGAAACCAACGCAAGGCAUGGACAAGUUAAAUAUUUAACAAGAUCACGUUUUCGUAUGCCCGAGAGAACAACGAAGAAUAAAAAUAUUUUCAAUUGUCCCAAUAAUUGUGGAAGUUCAUUUAUUCAAAAAAUCACAUUGGAUAGACAUUUAAAAUUCACUUGCGGUCAACCAUUGAGAUAUCGUUGUCCCUAUUGCGAUAUGUCAUCGAGAAUUCGUAAUUGUAUUAAUAUUCAUGUUAAAGCACGUCAUCCAAAUUUAAAAAAUUAUGUCAUUGAUAUGUCAACAACUAAAACUGAAAUACAAUUUGAAGAGGAUUUUAAUUCACCGAUAAUACAAAAAGUUGAACCCAUUUGGAAUGAGGAGCAGGAGAUUAAAAUUUUAAAUGUCUCCAGUUUGGCAACAAUGGAUAUUAAACACGAAUAUGAUACAUCAAAUGAUGAUUAUGAUGAUAAUUCUUUUAAUAAUAUUUCACAAAGAAAAAGGCACGUUUGUCCAAAUAAUUGUGGUAAUUCAUAUAAGCACGAGCACACAUUAAAAGUUCAUUUACAAUUUGGAUGCAAUCGUAAUGAUCAGAAUUUUCAUUUAGAUGACGAUGAAUCAGAUUCUGAUUAUGAUAUACCAACUGAUAUAUUGAAAUUAAAGAAUCCAGAGGAAUUACUUAAUCCAAUGGCAAUUGGUGAUAAUUAUCAACAAAAUUCCGAGGGUAAAUGGGUUUGUCCAAAUAAAUGUGGAGUUACAUUUAGUAGUCGUAGUAAUCUCACGUAUCAUUUAAAGACAAAUUGUGGUUUAAAACCAAAAUUAGAAUGUCCCUAUUGUCUUCAUCGUACAAAACAAUUGUACAAUGGUUUUAGUCAUGUGAAAAAUUCACAUCCAGGCGCUGAAAUAUGUUUAAUUCAUAUUGACACUGGUGAAGUGUUGAAAAGCAAAAAAGACAGCAGUCAAUUUAAUAUUGGAUCAUUGGAAUUAAAAAAAUCCCCACGUAAAACAACACCAACUUGUCAAACAUGUGGUAAGGAAUUUAAAUUGGAACAUACAUUAUCAAGACAUCUUAUUGAGGGUUGUGGUUAUCCGCCACGUUUUAAAUGUCCCUAUUGUGAUUAUCAAGUGAGACGAUUGUCGUACGCAUUUUUUCAUGUCUCAAAACAUCAUCCAGGUUGUGAGGUUUAUAUGGUGGAUUUAGUCACCGGUGACAGUAUUACAGAUCCUGCUCAAAUUAAAAAAGAAGCUAUCGCCGACAUUGUCGAUGAUGAAAAACCAUUUGAUUCUUCUGUAAAUUUACAGCAGCAACCGAAAAAAACUGUUAAAGUUGGAUUACAAAAGAAAAAAGUUGCAUGUCCACAUGGUUGUGGUCAGCUAUUUUUCUUCAAAGCCAGUCUUAUAAAGCACGCAAAACGAUGUAAAAGAAAUCGUAAACAAUCAUCAACAGGUCGCUAUAAAUGUCCAUAUUGUCAAAAUCGUUAUGGACACACAUCAAGCCUCUUUAGACACAUUAGAGCCAGUCAUUCAACAAAAAAGAAAUAUUUCAUUGACACCUACGAAGAGGAAAUUAUACCCGAGAAUGUUGAAACAAUUAACAAGAAGGAGAAUAUAAAAGCUAAAAAACUGCCCAAUGAUUUAGAUGAAAAGACUGAUGCAACAGAGAAUAAUGAUACAUUAAAAACAUUUGUAUGUCCCAAUAAAUGUGGAAGUAGUUUUGAACAUUUUUGCAAUAUACAACGACACAUUCGUUUGAAUUGUGCCAAAGCACGUCGUUAUAAAUGUCCACAAUGUAAUUAUCGUUCACAAAAAUUUAUUCUCAUUGCAAAACAUAUAAAAACAAAUCACAAAAUGAAUAGAAUUUAUGCUAUUGAUUAUUUUACUAAAAAACAAGUUCACAGUGAACAGAAACACAGACCCAAUAAACGAGGCAAGACUGAAGAAAAUGAGAAUAUAGCUGAACAAUUGCCAAAACCAACAACAACAACAACUGCCAAAAAAACCAAAACUAAAAAACCUUUUCCAUGUCCAAAUAAUUGUGGUCGUUCUUUUGGUAAUGAACGUGCAAUUGUACCUCAUAUGCGACUUGUUUGUGGAAAAAAUACAAUGUACAAAUGUCCCUAUUGUCCACAAACUUGUCAACGUCGUGGUAAUAUGACAAUUCACAUAAAACAUCGUCAUUCAGGCAAAAAGAAUUAUAUGAUUGAUAUAUCAAAGAAAAAAAACACUCGAGUUAUGAAAAUUAAAAAAGAAUUACAAUUACCAAUUGUUAAGAUUAAAGAGGAAAAUGAAGAAGAGAAACCAAAAUCUGUAGCACCGUCAAUUUUUGGAAAUCCAGUGAAAAGAAAAACCCCACGUCUAUUUAAUUGUACUAAAAGAAGACUUAUGUGUCCACAUAAAUGCGGUAGUUAUUUUUCAUCAUCUGUGAAAUUAAAAUUACAUAUGUCAACAGCUUGUAAAAAACCAAUGAGCACAAAAUGUCCCUAUUGUCACAAGCAGUGUAAAUUUGCUUGGAAUAUUGAUAUGCAUAUUAAACAUCGUCAUCCGGAAAAAUUGGAUAAAAAUCAUUUGAAAGAUGAAAAAGAAAUUAAAAAUCAAAAUCAAGACGAAAUGGAAGAGGAGAUAGAAAGUAAAUUAACAGAAAAUAUGGAAGAGGAAUUAAAUACAUCGGAUAAAAAUGAAGAUGUUGAAAUGCAAUCCAUUGAAGAGGAAAUUAAAGUAAAAAAAGAAAAUAUAGAAGAAAAUACAACUAUUGAAUCAAAUAGUCCAAUGAAAAAAUUCAUCUGUCCAAAUAAAUGCGGUAAAUCCUAUCCAAAAGAAAGUAGUCUAAAAAAUCAUCUAUUCUUCACUUGUCAAAAACCCUUACGCUAUGCAUGUCCAUAUUGUCAACUUUGUUCCAAAGUCACAUCAAAUGGUUAUGUUCAUGUGAAAAGAAUGCAUCCAGAUCGUCGUGUCUAUCUUAUAGAUAUUGAAACAAAUAAAAUUGUCUGCGGUUCAAAAUAUAAGCCAAACACUAGUGAUGAAAUGGAAAAUAAAGAAAUUUCUAUUGAUAAAACAAAUAAUGAUAGUAUGGAAAUUGUGAAUGAUUCAAAUGUUGAUUUAGAUGUUGAUGAACCAGAUGAACCAGAUGAACCAAUUCUUGGUGCCGAUGAAGAAUUUACAAAUGAUGAUAGAAAUUUAGUUUUAGAACAAUCGUCAUCAUCAUCAUCAUCAUCAUUAUUGUUAGAUAAGAAAAAGGAAGAAUUAUUUGUCUGCCCUAAUAAUUGUGGUAGUUCAUUUACACAUGAGCAUAAAUUAAUUAAUCAUGUUCGUGAUCAAUGUGGACCACCACGUUAUAAAUGUCCUUAUUGUUUUUUUAUCACAAGAGAGCCUUCUAAUGUCUAUGCUCAUAUUAAAAAUAAACAUCCUGACGAGAGGAUUUAUAUGAUUGAUACUGAUAUGAAUCAAAGCUGCAAUGAGCCAGAUUCACCAAGAGGCAAUGAUGACAAUUAGAUGAUUUCAGAUCUUUCGUUUGUAAUUGGAUCAUUAAUAAAGGAGUACAAGUGUUCUACAUGUAAUAGCACUUUCCAAAGGAAAAGUAGUCUUAUAAGACAUAAACGUUACACGUGUGAAGAUAAAAAACGUUUCGCUUGUCCUUAUUGUCAACAUAGA